AACUGGCAUAUAAAACAAACCAACACACACAACAAAACAAACAAAAGAUAGUAGAUAAUUUUCAGGUUUACCAAACCGUUUCACACACCAUUAACUUCAAUUAAGGAAAAUAUUGCCGAAACAUGGCAGAAGAUCUUCUAGACAUUUUGCGGGAUUGUGUUGAAAACAAACGUCAAAUUAAAGAAGUUAAUGGGAAAAUCUGUCUCGGUGAGCGACAUUUUCCGAAAAGCGUCGAUACCACUUUUCCAAUUCAUCUACCUAAAGGAGAUAAGCAGCAAGAAUUUUAUAAACUUCAUGAGGUACUUUUCUUCAUGGACAAUCACACACUGACUCAUCCUGAGUAUUCAAAAAGAGCGCAGGAAAAAAAGAUAAGAUGUGUGCGUCGGCCUGAUAGGAAGCCUCUCUUAUUAAGAAUAUAUGGGGAUUCUGGAGUCAAAACUGUCAAAACCAGAUCAGCAACACGGCAUCAACCAAAUCAAAUUAACGAUUCACCCAGUUUUGUACCUGAAGAUAGCACUCCAUCCUCAUCACAGAAUCAGGACAUUGGAAAAAGAAAACUUCAAAUGGACAGAGGUACUUUUGAGAUAAAGAAACAGAAGACUAAUAUAAGGACAUAUUCUCGGAAGCGAUCUCCUCAUGAGUUUAGAAGGCAGGACAGUGCAAAUGAGGAUCAUACUAGUGACAUGGAUAAUAUCAACAGCAUUACAUCUGAGGAACUGGACCUGGUCAAGAACGACAAUUUAGCUAUGGAUCAAGCUCUUAAGUCUAUGACAUCUUUUCUUAAGGAUCAUUUGGGCGUUACUGAUGACCAGCUAAAUAUAAUUCAAAAUAGUGAGAGCAAUACCGUGGACUUGAGUAAUGUUGCGUCUGAAGUCAAGAACAAAAUUGUACAUGCAGGUGUGUUUUUGAGCACUAAAUCCUCUAGUCGGACAAAUGUUGAUGUCCCAAGACAGUGCUAUAGGGCUAUCAAACACCCUUUGCGGGGUUGGGAAAUGACAAAGCAAGAUUUGUCAUCUGUAUUAUUAGGUGAUGAACAAUUGAAGGAACAUGAAUCACCUUUUCUUGAUGAUUCCCUUUCCAAGGGGUCUAUCCUUUUAAAGCGUGCAUUUUCUAUCUUGAUAUCCCAAUUGAAAGAAUACAACAAACCACUGAAGUCGCAUGAUGAGUCUGACACAUUCUGUAAAAAAAUUGUGAAAGACUGUUUAACUGAUGCUGUUGAUGGUUUUCGGGAUAUCUUCAAUGAACUUGUUUCCUCACAAAAACUUGAAAGUCAGUUAGACAGUUUGGAGAAAUGGGUGGAUGUGAGUAGGACAGAACUAGGGAAACUUUUUAAUUCAUUGAUUAAGACUCUUCAGUCAUUACGAGAUAUUUCUAUAUCUGACCAUAAGCCUCCUAUUUCAUUGUUUCACCUCCCAGAGCCCACAUUUAGUCUGGCUCUAAAUCCUGCUAAAGUUACCCACAGUGUUGUUUUAGAAAUGUACAUUCGCAUGGGCUUGGCAGAAUUAAAGCAAAUUCUUGAUAUUAUUUUGAGUCAUGGUUCAGAGACUUCAGAAUUGAAAGAUGAUGAAUCCCCAAUUGAAAAUCCCUCGAAUGUAAUCCUCGUAAAAGAAGAAACAGUAGAUGCACUGGGGUCAGAUACUGUAGAAAACAUUGAGUUUGUGUCACCAUUCUUUGGCUCUCAAAGUAUUGAACAGAUAGAUUCUACAAGUCAAUCUACUUCUGGUUCUGGAAUGGAUCCAAGUUUGCAGCAGAGUAAUCCAGAAUUGGAGGCGAUCGUACAUCACACUAAUGGCCACACAAAGACGUACAGCAACACCAGUUCAGUUCAUAGUACUCGUUCUCGUCCUCGUCGCCAAUCUGGGAGUGACUACUGUCAGUUCAACAUGUUCAAAACCACUGUAGGGAGCACACUUGUUUCCUCUUUCAAAAAGCAAAUACAAGAGAAAAUUAAUGCCAGUGAUUUCAUUUCUCAGUAAGGCCAUUUUCCAUUGCCAAAAUUGUUUUAGUUAAUUAGUUAAGAAAUGAUUAUUUUAGAACUUCCAACACCUUACUGAAGAGACCUGGAUAUUUGUGCCUUGUAAGUUUACCUGCUGUGAUGAAUAACGACCAAAGUAGAUUUUGAAAAAAUUUAUUCAGUAUCAUUCAUUUUAAAACUGACAUAUAAUCCAGACUAAAGGAACUACAACCCAAGUUAUUAAAGGCUCAUUGUACAAUCUUCAUCUCUCACUUAUUAGGAUAAAAACACUUUUUGAUUGUCACUGAAUGUUAGUAGAUUAAUGAAAAUCUUCAUGAGAGAAGGUUUCAGAAGUGUUUUUCAGAAGCAAGGUGAACCUGGCAUCACAAGUGAAUGUGCAUUUUCGGUUACAAGGAUGGUCUCUGGAGUGAAUCAUACCAGGUGAGGAAGGCAGUGCAUGGCUGAUCUACCCCACCUGGUAACUUUCAUUCUUAUGAUUGUAUUACUUCCUGUGAGAAACCUGCCAUCAAGUGGACAGUCCAGGAGUAUUGUUAUAGUUUUAUAUUUCAUGUUAGUUAUUCUUGUGUAAGGAUGGUGUUCUCCCCAUUAUUCCUCCUUGUUGCCAAUAUUGUAUAGCAUAAAUAUUUAUAUUUUGUUUGUGUUUUGUUAUUAUUUACUUUUGUUCUGUAUAUUGAUAUAGAAUCUCGUAUGUUGAGAGAACCAUUUAUGUUAUGAUAGUUUGCAGCUCUUUACCUGUUAAAGUGACCUGACUUUCCACUAGUAAAAACUAAUGGAUAGUGUUAUCAUGUUUCAAACUUAUACUGCUGUUUGUGUUUUCUUCAUAUUUUGAAGUGAGCUGUCCUUCAUUGUGCUCUUAGAUACAUUUAUGUGUAUUUUUUAGCAUUGUUCCUACCACAUCAUACUUCCUUUGAAGUGUUUUGAAAUUGUGAAGAGGAACCCGUUUAACAGAUUGGGCAGGAUUGUUGUGAUAGAGCCCUUGCAUCACUGAGAGGUAUAGGCUUCCAUGAUCCUUGUGGGCCGUAAGUUAUGUGAAUUUUCUCAAUUUUAUUGCCUUUUUGUUUGAUUUAUUAGUUUAUUGUCUGUUUCAACAUUUAAGUAUAUUGUUAGUUUUUAUUAUUUUGAUGUGCUUGAGACAUAAGUAUGGCAAUUUUUCAUGUAUCAGACAGUUAUGUGUAAAUAAUCAUACAAAGAAAAAAUUUAAACAGCGUAAAAACUAUAUUUUUUGUAUCAGUACCGAAUUUUUCGUGUACAAACAACGCUGUAUACAUGCACUAGCACUGCUAUAUAUUUUCUGACGAUUUUCAUUCCUAAAAUGUUGAUUACCUUUAUUUUAUCCAAUUAAAGAUUUAUUUAGUAAUUUUUGAA